GAGCAGAACAUAGGUUUUUAAGCAAAACAUGCAUGUGGAGUUGUCAUGUUGUGAUGGAUCACCAUCAUCAGGUGAGCCUCUGUCCAGUACCAUAAUGACAGCCUAUUAUCUCUCACAUGUGAGCAAUAAAUCACAUCUCACAGAUUUUUUUUUGUUCAUAACAAAUCUAAAACUAUUUUAUUUUUGGUGAAAACCUAGACGUGGUAUUCUUAAAAUAUGUCACUUAAAUAGUCUAUACAACAGACUAAAACAAAAUCACUGUAAGCCUACAAAAACCCUUUAAAAUUGUUGCGGCUGCUGUUUCACUUGCAUGACCAUGGGCUCGAGAGGCGGGCUCUCUUAGACCGGAGUUCUCUAUCCACCCAUCCAUACUGUUAUAUUUCUCAUAUCCAACAUUGAAGUGCUGGAGCACAACAAAAUGUGCAUGCAGCAGACGCUUGAAGUCAAUAAUUUUUGCUCACUGACUGAUACCCGUCAAUUUCGUUGAAAGCUGGAUAAUAAUUUUGCAUCAAACAAAUGGGGUCAUGCAAACUUCUGGAGAAUAUGAACAUGACAUUUGGGGAGUGAUUUGCAGACAUAAUAUCAAGUUUGUACGGAAUGGGUUCCUUUGCAUAACCUCAUUUCAGUUUAUGCAUCAGACAAAAUAACAUAGAAAAGCUGAAAUGGAGACAUUUACAUUGCAUGAUAUGCUCAAAAACUCCACUAAUCUUUAUAAGAUAUUAUGUGACUUUGGAAUCAAGAAUGUGUCGGAGUGCGACGAUGAAAGCCAGACGCGGCCGGAACCGAAAGAUUUGAACCAGACGGUGCGCAUCUUCCUCUACUGCCUCAUCUUCCUAGUCAGCGUGCUGGGUAACAGCCUGAUCAUCGCUGUGCUGGUGAGGAACCGCCACAUGCGCACAGUCACCAACCUGUUCCUGCUCUCCCUGGCCGCCAGCGACCUGAUGCUCUGCCUCUUCUGCAUGCCCUUCACCCUCAUCCCCAACCUCAUGAGGGACUUUGUGUUCGGCUCAGGCAUCUGCAAGGUGGCCAUGUACUUCAUGGGUAUCUCGGUGAGUGUCUCUACCUUCAACCUGGUGGCCAUUUCUCUGGAGCGCUACAGUGCAAUCUGCAACCCCUUGACCUCCCGUACCUGGCAAACCAAGUCCCACGCUGCCAAGGUCAUCUCUGCCACCUGGGUGGUGAGCUUCCUGCUCAUGCUGCCCUACCCCAUCUCCAGCACUCUGGUGCCCUUCACCCGGGUUAACAACAGCACAGGCAACAUGUGCCGCCUGGUCUGGCCCAGUGAUGUCAUCCAGCAGUCCUGGUACGUGUCCCUGCUGCUGCUCCUCUUCCUGGUCCCUGGGAUCGUGAUGAUGACAGCCUACGGGCUCAUCUCCCUUGAGCUCUACAGGGGCAUUAAGUUUGAGAUGACCAACAGGAAGUCCAGCAGAGACAGACAGUGCAGCACGGGCAGCAUCAAACCCAGCGACAACGACGGCUGCUACCUCCAGCCUGCCAAGAAGGGCGAGCUUGCCCACCUCCAGAGCCCUCUGUCGACCCACAGCCCUAACGUGACCAUCAAAAUCAGAGACAGCACGGGCAGCACUAAGUCCACGCUGAGCCGUGUGUGCAGCAACAGCUCCACCUCUAACCUGAUGGCUAAGAAGCGCGUGAUCCGCAUGCUCCUGGUCAUCGUCUGUCUCUUCUUGCUCUGCUGGACACCCGUGUUUGCCGCUAAUGCCUGGAGGGCCUUUGACCGCCGCUCUGCCGACAAGCUCCUCUCGGGGGCGCCGAUAUCCUUCAUCCACCUGUUGUCGUACACCUCGGCUUGUGUCAACCCCAUUAUAUACUGUUUCAUGAAUAACCGUUUCCGCCAAGGGAUUCUGUCCACCUUCACCUGCUGUAGCUGCCCCAAGGGCGGUGGGGUCAGGAGGGGGGCUGGGAGUAGGAUCGGGACGGGAACGGGGAGAGGGGGAGGAAGAGGAGGGAUGAGGAGCGGAGAGAACGGGCACACGCCAUCCAGUGGUAAUAGCACGCGCUUCACAUACAGUAGUAUCCGUGGCUCCGCUCAGGCUUAGCUUCCUUUGCCAUCAUCGACCAGUCAGAAGUAGGUAGUGGUCAUGAAGACGGGGUGGCCUGUCCAAAGUGUGCCCCCUCCCACCCACUGUACCAUGAUAUUUUGGUCUCUGUUAAGGUCAUGCCUUCUUUCCACUUCAAAGUCCCCGUGCCUGUGAGAGUGGACAUGUACACUGAGUAUACAAACCAUU